AUGGAAUACAGAUUGUUAGGAAACACUGGUUUAAAGGUUUCAGUUAUCAGCUUCGGUAACUGGCUUAAUAGCAAUAAUCCUGAUUGGCAAGAAAGAACAAAUUUACAUGUUAAGAAAGCUUGGGAUUUGGGGAUUAAUUUCUUUGAUACUGCUGAGCUCUAUGGUUUUGGAGAAGGUGAAAAGCAAUUUGGUGUAGCAUUAUAGGCUCUUAAUGUUCCCAGAGAAGAUUUAGUUGUAUCAACAAAGAUCUUCUGGGGUACUAUGUGGGGUGAUAAAAAGAGAGUCAAUUAACUUGGUUUGAAUAGAAAGCACAUUAAGGAAGGUGUUAAGAACUCUCUUAAGAGACUUUAAUUGGACUAUGUUGAUAUAGUAUUCUGCCAUAGAUAUGAUCAUGAAACUCCUCUCGAAGAAGUAGCUCGCGCUUUUACUGAAUUAAUAUAAGAAGGUUAUAUUCAUUAUUGGGGUACUUCUGAAUGGACUUCAUCUUAAAUCUAUGAGCUUAGAGAAGUUUGUGCUGAAAAGAAUUUAAUUAAACCCUCAGCUGAAUAACCUUAAUACAACAUGUUUGUUAGACAAAAAUUUGAGGCUGAUUAUGCUCGUCUCUUUGAUAAGACAAGAAUGGGUUCCACUGUUUGGAGUCCUCUUGCUGGUGGUAUCCUUACUGGUAAAUAUAAUAUAGGAGGUAUUCCUUCUGGAGCUAGAUGGGAGACUUUCAAUGAAGAUUCUUACCUUAAGGGUGUUUGGGAAAGUUAUUUUGCUGCUGAUAAGAAGGAAAAGCUUAUUAAACUUCUCACAAGCCUUGAAUCUUUAGCUAAAGAACUUGGAAUGACUUAAGCCUAGCUUGCUAUGUGCUGGGUUAUCGCUAAUAAGGAUGUUUCAACUGCUAUUACUGGAUGUUCUAGACCCGAAUAAUUAGAAGAAACUGUAAAGUGUGUUGAGUUAUACAAGAAAAUUACCCCAGAGGUAAUCAAGAAAGUUGAUGAAAUCUUAGAUAACACUCCUGAUUAAGGUGUUGAUUUCAAGACUUUCCUCCCCUUCCCUCCUAGAAGAUGA